GCUCACUCCACUUUCCCUAAUUUCUUUUCAUUCCAAUUCUUUUUUUCUGUUUUUUUCACGACUGCUUUUUUCUUUUCUAUUUUCCCACUUGCAAACUCAAAUCUCUCUCUCUAUCCCUCUUUUCCUUUCUUUUUCUUACGACGGGGUUCAGGUACGAUGACAAAGACGACAGCGGCGACGGUGGCGGCACCAAUAACUGCACCAAUAACUACACCAAUAGCCGCCCCGCCAACCGCUCCGCCAACCGCUCCACCAACUGCUCCAAUAACACCGCACGCGCCGACAUGAAUGCCUGCCAAGCUAGAGUUUUGCCGCACAGAUUAGUCCAUGCAACUCCAAUUACAACCAUGACUGCAUGUAAAACCGCCACCAGCUCCACUAAAUCCAACCUUUUUUCUCUCCCCACUGUAGCAAUUUAAUCAAAAGGUUCUAUAGGCACAACAUGGCCGAGCCUGCUGCCUCCACACACGACGAGCCCAUGUCUUCGGCCACCGCAAAACUGCGCCCGUCCUUGCAGGGCAUUGAAUUCAACUCGGGCCUUGACAACACCGAGGAGUCGGACUUUGACGACGAGGAACACUAUGCAUCGGACGACUCUGCCAGCAUGACCUGGAUCACCUGGUUCUGCUCGCUCAAGGGCCACGAGUACUUUUGCGAGGUGCCUGAGGCCUUUAUCGAGGACGAGUUCAACCUGACCGGGCUCAGCCAGACCGUCAACUUUUACGUCGAGGCCCUGGACAUGAUCCUGGACGCCGAGGACGAGAACGAGGACCCGCAGUACGCCGACGAAAUCGAGACCAUCGACAGCUCGGCCGAGAUCCUGUACGGCCUAAUCCACGCGCGCUACAUCCUGACGCGCGCCGGUCAGGACCAGAUGGUCGACAAGUACGAGAACAGCGACUUUGGCGCGUGCCCGCGCUUCUGUUGCGACGGCACAUACGUCGUGCCCUGUGGCCGCACCGACGUGCCCGAGCGCGACUCUGUCAAGCUGUUCUGCCCGUCCUGCAACGACAUCUACUCACCGCCAAGCUCGCGCUACCAGAAGGUUGAUGGCGCCUACUUUGGCACCACGUUCCCGCACAUGUUCUUCCAGACCUUCCCGUCGCUGGUCCCCGAGGACCAAUCUGCGCUGUACACCCCCAGCAUCUACGGCUUUGCCAUUAACGAGCGGAGCAAGGCUGGCCCACGCAUGCAGUGGCUGCGCAUGCUGCCCGAAAAAACCCCCCAACAGCUGCCUGCCGACGAUGACUCUGGCGAUGACAAUGAUGAUGACGCCGCCGCUGGCAACACAACCGACUCGCAGAGCUACGUUGAGGCCAGGGACGCCGCCGACUUUGACGCCCACUCGGCGCCCUCUGCGCCUAGCCACCCUGCCGCAGGAGACGCACAAGCUGCCGCUGCCGCCCCUGCGCCUGCCGACAACGCCUCGGCCGAUGCCAUGGAUAUUGGCACCGCCUCCCCUUGCAAUACCCGCUCGCCCUCACUGACAGGCGACCGCCGGAAAGAUUAUUCGUCAUCAGCAUCUGCCACCGCUGCCGCUGUCGCCGUCGCAUGAAUCGUAGGACGGGUGUAGCUAGCAAUUGGGCACUCUUUUUUCUCCCCCAACAGCCGCUUAUAUAUAUAUUUUUCGGUCUACAUUUAUUUUGUGUGUUUCACUUGAAGUGUUUAAUUUGUGUUGAGCUAUGUCUCCUACCAUUUUCAACAACAA